UAAUCAUGUAUCAGCCCACUUGAUAGUCCACACCCUGAUAUUUUGGAUUGAUAUAUAAGGAGUCCUUUUGCCACAAUUGGUCAUUAUCAAAAUGGCUUUUAAAGUUAUCCUCGUUCUCUCUGCUCUGGCUUUUGUGGCAUCUGCCGCUCCGCAAAACCGAGCCGCUUGCCCACCCAUUGUAAGCCGUGCCGAAUGGGGAGCUCGAGCCCCAGGUGGAACCACCUACAUGGGAGACUCUGUGUCCUACUUGUUCAUCCAUCACAGCGCUGGAGCUUCUUGCAGUACCAAGGCCCAAUGUAUUGCUGAGGUCCAGGGAAUCCAGAAUUACCACAUGGACUCGAACGGUUGGUCCGAUGUUGGAUACAGCUUCUUGAUUGGAGGAGACGGUAAUAUCUAUGAGGGUCGUGGCUGGAACAAGGUCGGAGCUCAUACCUACGGCUUUAACUCCGUUGGUUACGGUAUCGAUUUCAUCGGUACCUUCACCUCCACCAACCCAACACAAGCGGCUCAAAACGCUUACCAGGAAUUGGCUGAUUGUGCCGUGUCCUUGGGCAAGGUCAAGAGCACUUACGAACUGAAGGGUCACCGACAAACUGGUGCAACCGAAUGCCCCGGAAACACAUUCUACGAGACCAUCAAGAGCUAUCCUCAUUGGACUGACGGACAAAUUGGCAAACACUACGGAAUUUCAUUGGGAUCCAUUGUCUUGGGAGCUGUGAUCGCCGUUGGAUCGUAUUAUUUCUACAAGAUUUACAUCAAAGAUGCCAAUAAGAGUGAGUUUGAAAAAGCCGUAGAUCGCGCCGCAGAUUCGGCCAAACGGGGCAUUCGGUCCGCAGAAGACUCGGUGGAUAGCUUCAGCCGUCAAAACGAGCCUAGUCCAAAAGAUGAAGUCAUGGGAUCGUUGAGCAAAUUUGGCAAGGACGUGAAAAGUGCUGCGGAAAAACUCGGAGACGAUUUGCGAGACGCCACUUCGAGGACUCAAAGAUCUAUCGGUAUAAAAAGAAAGUUCGUGAUUACACACCUUGCAUUCAUCAUGGCACUGAAAUUGGUAGCUCUGACCUUGGCUUGCAGCUUGGCCGUCACUUCAGCUUUCCCCAAACAACCAAAGGCUUGUCCUUCAAUUGUGAGCAGGGCAGAAUGGGGAGCCCGCCCUGCUAAUCCAUCCUCCAUGGGAGACAAUGUUCCAUACAUGUUUGUUCAUCACGCUGAAGGUCCGGAUUGCUAUGACAAAGAGGAGUGUAUGAGACAAGUGCGGGGAAUCCAGAACUAUCACAUGGACAGCAACGGAUGGGCUGACAUUGGCUACAGCUUCUUGGUGGGUGGAGAUGGUAACAUCUAUGAAGGUCGUGGCUGGAACAAGCAAGGAGCUCACACUCAAGGUUAUAACUCCGUGGGAUAUGGAACCUGUUUCAUCGGAAGUUUCAUGACCAAGAACCCUACUGAGGCCGCCAUGAGCGUCUACCAGAGGCUGGCUGAGUGCGCCGUGGAUAACGGAUAUGUUCGAUCCAGUUAUCAAAUGUUUGGUCACCGACAAGCUGGAAGCACCGACUGCCCUGGAGACAAGCUUUACCAGACGAUCCAAGGCUGGAAGAACUGGACCCCAGGAUCCCCAUCAAAGAAGGACCAAUAAUUUGUUCCCUACAUCUCAAAACCAAUUUGAAUAAAUGAAACCGAAUCAUCAA